GGUACCUGCAAUCCCAGCUACUCGGGAGGCUGAGGCAGGAGAAUCACUUGAACUCGGGAGGCGGAGGUUGCAGUGAGCUGAGAUCACGCCUCUGCGCUCCAGCCUGGGCAACAAGAGCAAAACUCCGUCUCGGAAAAGAAAAAAACAAAAAAGAACUAGUGGGGUCGCGGGACACCGGGCAUAGAGGGCGGCGGUGGUGGGGCAGCUGCGGCAGAAUGUUGGCUACCAGGGUAGUUAGCCUAGUUGGCAAGCGAGCAAUUUCCACCUUGGUGUCUGUACGGGCACACGGAAAUGUGAAGAGCGAUGACUAUGCGCUCCCAGCUUAUGUGGAUCGACGUGACUAUCCCGUACCCUAUGUGGCCCAUGUCAAGCACCUGUCUGCCAGACAGAAGGCCUUGAAGAAGAAGGAGAAGGCCUCCUGGAGCAACCGCUCCAAGGAUGGGAAAGUCGAGUUGUAUCACAUUCAGUUCAAGGAGAGCUUUGCUGAGAUGAACAGGGCCGUGAACGAGUGGAAGACGGUUGUGGGUGCUGCCAUGUUCUUCCUUGGCUUCACGGCGUUCAUUAUCAACUGGGAGAAGCGCUGUGUGUACGGCCCCAUCCCGCACACCUUUGACAAAGAGUGGGUGCCCAUGCAGACCAAGAGGAUGCUGGACAAGGUGAACCCCUGCAGGGCUUCGCCAGCCAAGUGGGACUAUGACAAGAACGAGCGGAAGAAGUGAGAGAUGCUGUCCUGCUUUUGAGCCUUGCUCUGUCACCUCCAUACUAUAACUCCAUGCCUAUUUACUGGAAACCUGUUAUGCCAAACAGUACCACUGCUAAUAAAUGACCAGUUUACCUGAAAGAAAAAAAAAAAGAACUACUGAAGUGAAAGAAAAAUCUGGAGAAAGUACCAGAGAGAAGGUGUGGAGAAGGGAAAAAGGAGAAAUAAAGAAUAUGAAUAUGAAUCAAUGAAUAGUUAACAGAUAAGAAACACAGAAAGAGAUGCUUCAGCAUAUGGCAGUUUAAAGAGGUCUAAGAAGGAAAGAAGGGAAUGGGAGAGAGACAAUACUCAAAGAGAUGACUAAGAAUU